AUGAUCAGUUUACCACCUUUAACCUCUGACGUUGGUGUCAACGUAAACACUAGUGCCCAAAAGCCACAAUCAGUUCUACGUCCUGUCGAACCAGUGGGUCGUUAUUUCUUACAACAUGCUCAAAGAACUUUGAGAAACCACACUUGGUCAGAGUUCGAGAGAAUCGAAGCUGAAAAGAACGCCAAGAACGUCAAGCAAUCUUCUGUCGACCCUGAUGAAGCAUUGUUUGAUGAUGAGUUGGCUGAUGACACUCUAUUGUCUCACGAUCCAAGAGAUUGGAAGACUGCUGAUUUGUAUGCAGCUAUGGGUCUUUCCAAAUUACGUUACAGAGCUACUCCUGAGCAAAUCAUCAAGUCUCACAGAAAGCAAGUUUUGAAGCACCACCCUGAUAAGAAAUCUGCUCACGGUGGAUUAGACCAAGAUGGAUUUUUCAAGAUUAUCCAAAAGGCCUAUGAAACUUUGAUUGACCCAACAAAGAAGGCUCAAUACGACUCAUGUGAUUACCUAGCUGACGUUGAACCACCUCAAAAGGGUCAAGAAUACGAUUUCUUCGAAGCAUGGGGUCCUGUUUUCGCAGCUGAAGCUCGUUUCUCCAAAAAGAAGCCAAUUCCUUCCAUCGGUGACAUCAACUCUCCAAAGAAGGAAGUUGAAUCAUUCUACUCAUUCUGGCACAGAUUUGACUCUUGGAGAAGUUUCGAAUUUGCUGAUGAAGACGUUCCUGAUGAUUCUUCUAACAGAGAUCACAAACGUUACAUCGAAAGAAAGAACAAAGCCGCCAGAGACAAGAAGAAGACUGCUGAUAACGCACGUUUGGUUAAAUUAGUGGAAAGAGCUGUCAAUGAAGAUCCACGUAUCAGAAAAUUCAAGGAGGAGGAAAAACAAGAAAGAGAAAGAAAGAAGUGGGAAAGAGAUGCCGGUGCUAGAGCUGAAGCUGAAGCCAAGAAGAAGGCUGAAGAAGAGGCUAAGAAGCAGGCUGAAGCCGAUGCUGUCGCCAAGGAGGCCGCCAAGGUUGAUAAGAAGAAGCUCAAGGAAGCUGCUAAGGCCGCUAAGAAGAAGAACAAGAGAACCAUCCGUGGUUCUGCUAAGGAAGCUGGCUAUUUCGGUGAGGAAUCUCAAGCUGCUACCAUCGAUGAACAAUUGGGUUUCGUCGUUGACAGUUUGGACGAUGAACAAUUGGUCGAAGUCGCUGAAAAGAUUAAGGGCUCACCACAAGCUGCUAAGGAGACUCUACAAGCCGUCGCUAAGCAACUUGUUGAAUCCAAGAAACUGCCAGCUGCUGUCGUUUCUUAUUUCGCCAACUAA